AAAAAAUGUGAUAAAGAAGAAAAAGAAAAGAAUGAAGCAAAAGAAACCCAAAGGAACAUCUGAAAGUCUAGGAAAGAAUGCUGAUUUGUUAGAGAAUUCCAGAAAAAAUGCAAAAAAUGACGUCCUUUCUUCCCUAAUAGAGAAUGAAGCCAAUAUUCGUGAGUUGAAUGUCGUCUCAGGAACAACCACGAAUUCUUCAAGCAUAACUUCAACCACGAGUACAACAACCACAACAACCACAACAACCACAACAACCACAACAUUAGCUAAGCCAGAGGGAAAUGUAGAGAUCAGAACAGAAGGUAAUCUUACAUCAAAGUUAAAGAAGAAAGUGCAGAAAAAACCUGUGAAGACCAGUUCUUCACAGAAAAACAAACCCAAGAAAACAAAAAAGAAAGUUUCUGGGAAAGAAAAAAAAACUAAAAAUACUGGUCAAAGAUUAAAACAAUUCCAAAGAUUGACCUGCGAUAGAGCUAGGAGACGAACUGCAAUAUCAUUUGGAACUUUUAUCCAGACGGGGAAAGACAUACUUGCACAAGCAGAACUUCUUAAGAAGCAUAAAUAUGAGGAGGAAAAAAAUGAGAUAUUUAUCAAGAAAAUAGAGAUAAUCUUAUCCAACAACUCUGUAUGUGAAAAUAAUUCUCAGUGGAAUUAUGUCAGAGUACAGGACUUAUUGUAUGAUCUGAAGUCUAAAUGUGGAAUUGAAGGAAAAUUAAGAAAUUGUCUCCUGGAUGGUGUGCCAGCUGAAAAAGGAGUUGGUUUUACAUUCAAUCCAAGAAAGUUUCUCAGAUCUCCGAAUUUUUUAGUUAAAUGUCAGAAAUAUUCAUCAGAUAUCAAUGAAUGUAUCCUAAAUCAUGACUGCUCUAAAAAUUGCGGUAAAAUGAUGGGAAUAGGGGAAAAUUGUGUGAAGAAGAUUUCCCUGUUGCAAGGAGAUAUGCUGAAAGAUAGUGUGAUUUGUGAAGAUCAACUGCAAGAAUGCCAGAAUAUAAGAUCUUCUAUAUUGGAGAGCUUGUAUUCAUGCCCUCACAGAUAUUGUACGUUCUGUUCAACCUGCACCAGCACCGAAUGUAAAGAUAUUUGUCUUCUUAGCAUCUAUGUUUGCAAAUGUCAUGUCAAGACUUUGCCCCCUGUAGCUCCAAUUCUUACACCUACUGAUAAUAUUGGGUACUUAUCAGCCCCGACAACUGCUAAACCCAGUACUUUAACUACCACUACUUCAACUACCAGUACUACCUUUAACAAACCAGACCAUACCACAACAAUAAAAAAUACCUCUGAAGCUUCAAACAUGAAUUUUCAAUUGAACAAUAGCUCGUCAGCAACUGAGCAUGUAUUUCAUCAAAGAUUUAUGGUCAGUGUUGAGGCUAGCUUUCAGAAGGAGAAUGGUGAUAUUAGGAACAUGUUAAAAAUAUCAAUAAAAGAUGCUAAAACUGGAACAGAGGAGAUGAACUUUAUUAUCAACAUCAAGGAUGUCACCCAUCAAACAGAUAAACAGGAGACAAGUCCAAACAAUGAGUCAACUACACCUUUUAUCACCACAGACAAUUCUGAGAUAUCCACAACGUCUUCAGAAGUUCCUCACUUAUCCUCUUCCCAAUCCACUGCAUCAAGUUGCGCAAUCUCAAUAUUAUACCCAGAGACAACAAAAUCCACUACAAUAUCAUUAAUAAGCCCUACAACAUCCAAUGAACUAAGCAACAGUGUACCAAUGUUUAAUGCAACAGAAACUACUACACCUUCAAGCAUAUCCAGCAAUUUAACUUCUUCUAAUAUUAACAUAUCAACCCUAAACAAUAGUUCAGUAACUCAAAAAAAUUCAACUAAUAUUGAAACAACAAUAACAGAAAACAAGCCAUCACUAAUUGAAAAUGCAACCUUGCCAGUAAACAUGACAGUACUAUCAUCAAUAACAGAAUCAGUGUCAACAGGUGCCGCGGGCUACAAUAGUGGUGGAGGGCUGUGGCUAGAUAGAAAUUUUUAUAUAGUUUCUCCACAAAAGUUUAAAAACUGAUCACAGAUUGAAGAGGAUAAGAAAAAAAUGCUAAAAAGGUUCAUAAAGAAAUUGUAUAUUUAUUUCAUUUGAAUUAAAAUCAGCAGUUACAAAUGUAUUUAUUCAGCCUCCUUAUAUGUUAAAUACUUUAUUUUCCGUUUAAGAAUUAAGUUAAAAGUGUACGAACAACAUUGUACAUUGUACAUUGUGCUGGUACAUCGAUGGAAAUAAUUUCUAAAUGUGUUCACUGUCUAAAUGUAUUUCAUGUACAUUGAUUUACAUUACAUAAUUGUUAAUGUACAUAAAAAAGAAGCACUUGGGUGUAUUUUCAGCAUCAAUAUAUAAGUGUUCUUAAAGUUUAACAUGCAUUAAACAAAUACUUUUUUUUGUUAAACUACAAUAUAUAUAACAAAUGUACAAAUGUAUUUCAAAUAUAAAUUGCCAAAUAAAUCUGAGGAUUUGCUUCUACAUGUUAUCAGCAUUCGUCUCGUUUAAAAUCUAACCAU